UAUCCCAAUGUAUUCUUCCGGACUCCCUGUGUAGCUUUUUGGCAUAGGAGACUGGUACCUUGUAGGGUCACGAGAGGGAACAUGGCGGAUAUGUCAGUACUUCCUUUUUUCUUUAUUAUUUCUCUUUCUUUGCAUCUAGCUAUAGCAMAAAAAUGCACAAAACUGGAUACUUGUAGCUGUAAAAUGGAUGAUGGAUCGGGUAUUGUUAGCUUACAAGAUUUGGAUGACAAAAGUGGCGUCCCAAAAUCAGAAUUCACAAAAAUUCCUCAGUCUGGCUCUAGCUCAUUUGCAUUUUCAUGGAAUCCUUGUACAACAAUAAGUAGUAUAGCUGCGUGCAAAGAUAGCAAUUCAUGUCAAGUUGAUAUUGGUGGGUCCAAGUAUGGUAAUUAUCCUGCUGGAAGUUCGGAUACUAGUUUCACCAUGGAUUCAGGUGGAAAUCCUGUAAUAACAUAUAAAGCGAUGAUAACAGGGGGUCACUCAAGAUCUUCAAUAAUCACACUCUCAUGUGACAAGACACAAGCAGUAGGAGAUUUUGGCCAAGGUUUUACUGAAAAUAACCCAGACACAAGCACUAGUCAAUAUACAGCUACAUUAUCAUCAAAGUGCGCUUGUGCUGGUGUAUGUAAAUAUUCUCCAAGUUAUACUCCUGAAGGUUCAACUGGACAUUUAAGUGUUGGUAGCAUCAUACUUAUUGUGUAUGUAUUAAACAGUGUCCUUCACAGUUCCCUGUGCCAUCUUGAAAGGUAUCCGYGCCUUUGCAUCGAAGCAAGACAACCCUUGCCUAUGCAAUGAUAGAAUAAUUGUCUG